CUCUCACCUCAUCCAUACAAACCCCAAUUCAAAAAUUUCCUUUUUCCACACACAAACAUAGCAAACAAAGAGGAGCACCCCAAAAGCCAUUUUUCUCAUCUUUCAUAAACCACUUCCCACUCUCCAAUAGUUUGUUUGAAACUGUUUAUGUAAGAAGCACUUCUAUUAAGAAACGCUUUAUCUAGAAGCUAAUGAAAACUUUUCCUUUACUAAAAACCGUCAAACACGUGAGAGAGAGAACAGAGGAGUUAAGGCUGGGAACAGAGCAAAAGCAGAGCAUCGUGGAACGAAUGGGAACCAACCACAAGAGACUGAUCGAGGAGCUACUAGAAGGCCGGAAGACGGCGGUGGAGCUUCAGAGUCUGCUCCACAAGCCGUUCGGAGAUCGUGAAUCGGCGGAGGAGCUUUUGAUGAAGAUCAUGACAACAUUCACAGAGAGUCUCUCUGUUCUGACUGCUUCUAACGGCCAUGAGGAUCACCAGUCUGCUGCUUCCGGUGAGGUUUAUCAGGUCAAGCCUGAACCUUCCCAUGUGGAGCACUCGCAUUGCGGUGACCGGAGCUCUGAAGGUUCCGGUGAGAGUCCAAAGACUCAGGCUUUCAAGGAUCGGAGAGGUAGCUACAAGAGGAGAAAGACAUCUCAAUCAUGGAAAGUAAUCUCUACCAAAAUUGAAGAUGGUCAGGCUUGGAGAAAAUACGGCCAAAAGAUAAUCCUCAAAGCUUCAUAUCCAAGGGCUUACUUCAGAUGCACAAGAAAGUAUGAUCAAGGUUGCAAGGCAACCAAGCAGGUCCAACAAAUCCAAGACAACCCACGCACGUACCAAAUCACCUACAUUGGCGAGCACACGUGCAGAACCAUGAUCAAGGCUUCUCCAAUGAUCAUCGGCCCUGAUCUUUGGCCAUCUCAGACUGUUAGCUCAGAAUCUGGGUCCCCACAUCGCCAAAACCCUAAUUUCUUUGGCUCAUCCUCGUCGUCCAUUCCCAUCGUCAAACAAGAAGAUUCCAAAGUGGGGACACCAAGUGAUGUAACGGACAACAAUGUGUGGCUUGGUUUGAAGGAUCACUUGGAUUUUUCCGAGCCUACCGGAAUCUGCGUGUCUUCCAAUGAGAACGUGGUUUCAAACAUGCAGUGGGACGACAUGGUUAAGUCUAUUAAUUUUGAGUGUGAUAUUAAUUUUGAUGAAGGUUUUGAUGCUGUUUAAUUUGUAUCUCCUUAAUAGCAAGGGUUUCUGAAUAAUGAUGUAAAUAAUCAGUUUGAGUUAGAAGAAGUUUCACGUUGAUUGUGGUUUCGUAUCCCUA